UGUGGGUGUAAUGUGUGAGCUACUGCUUGAUUGCUUGCAUGUGUUAGUUUAUUGUGCUUGAAAAUUAGCGACCUAUCUACACUUCAAGCUACGUCUAAUUGACUUAGCUACCGCUUGGAAGAAGGAGAGGAGAAAGCUUUCUUGCAUUUUUUUUUUUUUUGCAUUUAAUAAGGUUUUAUUUAGUCAAACAUUUUAGAUCUAAAUUUAAAAAUAGUUUCAACAACACGCAUAGUAUAGUGUGGAGAAACAAAGUCCACCAUCCAGCUUAUAUGUGAUGCUUUAGUGAUAUGCUCAAUUACCUCAUGAGCCAUAAAUUAGCUAAAUGAUUUUCUAUUUUUUUUUUUUUGCAAGCACUAAUAUGUGUAUAUUUUUGUUUCUGAAGAUUUCUCAAUUUUUUUUACUAUAAAUAGCCUAAAACCCAUCCAUCUAUUUUGCAUCACAAUAUCUCAAAUCCUAAUCCAAAACCUGUAUUUGCUUGACAGAAACUUUAAUUUAUCUUAGCUCGCUAAGAUGUCUUUAAAAGUUUUGUCUUUAAUAACCUUACUCAUAUGCUUCAGUCAAGUGUUUUUCACUAAUGUGAGUUCCUAUAAUGUCCACCCCCCACCACCACCACCACGUCCCAAAUAUCCCCCUCGACACGGCGGUGGCAAUGAGGGAGGGAACCCACCAACUCCAGUGAUAUCACCACCUACCAAGUCACCGAUAUCAACUCCAGUGGUGUCACCACCUAGCAUGUCACCUUUACCAAUGCCAUCACCACCUGGAAUAUCACCUACACCAAUCCCAUCACCACCUGAAAAAUCACCAAUUCCAGUGCCUUCACCACCUAAUAAGUCACCUACACCAACUCCGGAGGUGCCACCAACUAAUAAGCCACCUACACCAACUCCGGAGGUGCCACCAACUAAUAAGCCACCUACACCAACUCCAGCGCCAUCAACUGGCGUAUUACCAACUCCAUUGGCGUCACCACCAGCCAAACCCCCAACACCAACUCCAGUGCCAUCACCACCUGGAAAGUCCCCAACACCAACUCUGAUGCCAUCACCACCUUACAAGUCUCCAACUCCAGGGCCAUCACCACAUGGCAAUUCGCCAAUGCAACCUCCAUUGCCCUCACCACCUAACACGUCCCCAACUCAAGGGCCAUCACAACCCAGCAAGUCUCCAACCCCAACUCUAACGCCAUCAUCACCGGAAAAAUCGCCAAUCCUAACUCCAGCACCAUCAUCACCUGGCAAGUCCCCAAUGUCGUCUCCUAUUCCAUCACCGCCUGAUAAAUCACCAACCAUAGCUCCAGUUCCAUCACCCACUGGCAAAUCCCCAACGCCAACUCCAAUGCCAUCACCACCUAGAAAGUCGCCAACACCAUCUGCAGUGCCGUCACCCCCUAGCAAAUCGCCAACGCCAACUCCAGUGCCAUCACCACCAGGCAUGUCGCCAACGCCAACUCUAGUGCCCUCACCACCAGGUAAGUCGCCAACCCUAACUCCAGGGCCAUCACCACCAGGCAAGUCCCCAACCCCAACUCCAGUGUCGUCACCACCAAGAAAGUCCCCAACCCCAACUCCUGUGCCAUCACCACCAGGCAAUUCCCCAGCCCCAACUCCAGGGUCAUCACCACUAGGCAAGUCCCCAACCCCAACUCCCAUGCCAUCACCACCUAACACGUCCCCAACUCCAAGGCCAUCACCACCAGGCAAGUCCCCAAUCCCAACUCCAGUGUCGUCACCACCAAGAAAGUCCCCAACCCCAACUCCUGUGCCAUCACCACCAGGCAAGUCCCCAGCCCCAACUCCAGGACCAUCACCACUAGGCAAGUCCCCAACCCCAACUCCUAUGCCAUCACCACCUAACACGUCCCCAACUCCAGGGUCAUCACCACCAGGCAAGUCCCCAACCCUAACUCCAGGGCCAUCACCACCAAGCAAGUCCCCAACCCCAACUCCAGGGCCAUCACCACUAGGCAAGUCCCCAGCCCCAACUCCAGGGCCAUCACCACCAGGCAAAUCCCCAACUCCAACUCCUGUGCCAUCACCACCUAGCAUGUCCCCAACUCCAGGACCAUCACAACCUAGCAAGUCCCCAACCCCAACUCUAGGGCCAUCAUCACCGGAAAAUUCCCCAAUCGUAACUCCAGCGCCAUCACCACCUGGCAAGUCCCCAAUGCCAACUCCUAUGCCAUCAGCGCCUGAUAAGUCACCUACCAUAGCUCCAGUGCCGUCACCCCCUAGCAAAUCGCCAACGCCAAUUCCAAUGCCAUCACCACCUAGCAAGUCACUAACGCCAACUCCAACACCGUCACCACCAGGCAAGUCGCCAACCUUAACUCCAGGGCCAUCACCACCAGGCAAGUCGCCAACGCCAAUUCCAAUGCCAUCACCACCUAGCAAGUCACUAACGCCAACUCCAACACCGUCACCACCAGACAAGUCGCCAACCUUAACUCCAGGGCCAUCACCACCAGGCAAGUCCCCAACCCCAACUCCAGGGCCAUCACCACCAGGCAAGUCCCCCACCCCAACUCCUGUGCCAUCACCACCUAACAUGUCCCCAACUCCAGGGCCAUCACAACCUAGCAAGUCCCCAACCCCAACUCUAGGGCCAUCAUCACCGGGAAAUUCCCCAAACUUAACUCCCGCGCCAUCACCACCUGGCAAGUCCCCAAUGCCAUCACCCCCUGAUAAAUCACCUAUCGUAGCUCCAGUUUCAUCGCCCCCUACCAAAUCCCCAGCGCCAACUCCAGUUCCAUCACCACCUGGCAAGUCGCCAACACCAACUCCAGUUCCGUCACCACCUGGCAAGUCACCAACUCCAACUCCGAUUCCGUCGCCACCUAGCAAGUCACCAACUCCAACUCCAGUUCCGUCAGCACCUCCCAAGUCACCAACUCCAACUCCGGUUCGGUCACCACCUCCCAAGUCACCAACUCCAACUCCAACUCCGGUUCGGUCACCACCUCCCAAGUCACCAAAUCCAACUCCGGUUCGGUCACCACCUCCCAAGUCACCAACGCCGUUGCCGCCGGGCAAGUGUCCCAUAAAUCCGCUUAAAUUAAGGGUUUGUGCUAACAUUGUAGGUGACUUGCCUAGACUUUUGAUUGGCAGUCAGCUAAAGUAUCGAUGUUGCUCUAUAUCAUUCAAGGGUUGACUGAUCGUGAAGCAUGCUCGUGUGUUUGCACUGCCAUCAAAGCCAAUGUUUUGGGGAUCAAGCCUGAUGUCUCUACCUCCUUGAGAUCGUUGAUCAAAAAUUGUGGCAAAAGGGUACCGCGUGGCUUCCAGUGCUCUUAAACUUAUCAAUCUAUCUUAUUGGGUCAACAAAUUUCAAGUAUUAUCUCCUUAUUUUAGUAUUAUAGCAGCAUAAUAAUGUAUUAUUUGUAAUACUAUGCAUAUUUCUAUGCUACAUGGUUGUUUAUGUUGGUGAGAAAAAUAGUAAAAUCGCCUUCAAGCCUAAGCGUGUACGUAGUAACGUUUUACAUUAAUGUGAGAAAAACAUAUAGGGUUUUCUUGAAUAAAACAUGUUUGAUGAAGUUAGUGUAA